CUAAUUCUCAUUCAUACUGUCUUAUUCCAUCUCACUUGACAUUGUGAGGAUGGAAACUUUCGUCACAAGUGCCAACUAUGCUGCAGGUGUCGCCGCAGCCGCAUUCGUAGUGUUAUUCGUCAUGUUUUAUAGAUGUCCCCCUUAGCGGGUAGGAAGGGCAUCCCGCUUCCUCCCGGGCCUCCCGCCCGUUGGUUCUGGUGCAACGCCUUACCUGCUGUGAACAUUUGCCAUGCACUGACCGACAUGGUUCGAGAAUAUGGACCAAUUGUGUCGUUCCGACAAGGUAGUCAAGUGAUAAUUGUUAUUGGCAGCAUUGAGGCAGCCACAGACAUCAUGGAGAAAGAGGGUGCGUUACUGGUAGAUCGACCCCGGUCGAUUGCCGCGGGUGAGAUGCUCUCAAAUGGAAUGCGUGUAGUCCUGGCUCGUUACGGAUAUCGAUUACGACGCCUUCGCAAAGCAAUACACACCCAUCUACAACCAAAAGCGGCAGAGACAUACCAAGAUAUGCAGCGCGAGCACGCGAUGGAUUUUAUAUUGGACAUGCUGAAUGACCCGAAGAACCACCAGAAGCACGCACAUCGGUAUGCAGUAUCAGUCAUUCUUCGGGUGGCUUAUGGAAAGUCUGCGCCUACUGCCAACACCGAUCCGGAAAUUAUCCGUAUCCGCACAAUCACUGAACGCUUCCAGGUUGCAAUUCGCCCAGGAGCUUAUCUCGUCGAUCGUGUACCCCUUUUGCGCUACUUGCCCGGUUACGGAAAACAACUUUAUGAGUGGCAUAAUGAGGAGCUAGAGCUCUACAGGCAUCAACUAAGCCGCGUCAAGAGUGAAAUGGAUCAAAACAUAGCUGGCUCAUCUUUUACCAAGACACUUUUGGAGAACACAGAAGGACACCAACUCUCUACAGAUGAGAUGUCGUAUCUUGCCGGAACAUUCUUUGCGGCGGGAUCUGAUACAACCGCUGUUGGAAUUACCGCUAUUAUCAUGGCUGCGGCGUGCCAUCCAUUGGCUCAGGCAAAAGUACACGAGGAGCUCGAUAUGGUCAUCGGGUCAGACAGAGCACCAACAUUUCAAGACUCGAGCUCGCUCCCUCAAUUACAUGCGUUCUUAUUGGAAGCCUUGAGAUGGAGACCUAUCGUCCGUAUAGGAUUUCCCCACCGUGCAACUAAGGAUAUUUUUUGGCAAGGAUACUGCAUUCCAGAGGGUGCAAUAGUCUAUGGGUGCCAUUGGACUCUUUCUCGUGAUCCUAUCGCCUUCCCAGAUCCUGAUGUUUUCAAUCCACAGCGUUGGCUUGAUUCAGAAGGCCGCCUUAAGGAUGAUAUGAAGUUCAUCGUAUAUGGCUUUGGUAGACGUGUAUGUCCCGGCAUGCACCUUGCAAAUCACUCAUUGUACAUCAACAUCGCCCUUCUCUUGUGGUCUUUCCGCAUUGCUCAACGACCUGGCGCCCCAAUCAACACGCACGCUUUCAGUGAUGCGGUUAUUUCUCAUGCAGCGCCAUUUGAAAUUGAUGUUAUUCCCCGAAUGAAAGUUGCGAAGCUGACAGAGAUGAUGACGAUAAAUGGGCGUAUGGAUUGAAGAUAUUAUAUGUAUAGGAAUUUGUCUCCGAUCCCCUCGCUUUUUCUUCUUCUGAGGACCCCGUCUUCUGGACAUUUACUCCUUCAAAUAUGUAUAGUCAUUGUUCACCAAUCUGAGUUCUGUAUAAUUACUGCAUGAUCCGGGGCUUGCAGUAGGAAUCAAGUAGGAAUUCCUUCGUUCUGUCCGUUAUGAUGUACCAUAUGUAAGGAAAUGGAUUUUGGCGCUCGAAUAAGUAAAUGCGGUUAUGUGCCCACCGCCGACCCCUUAGAUCCAGUCUGAUAGGGAGUUUCUGAACCUCGAGGACAUGCGGAUGAAAAUCGACUGUUGACUUUGGCAGG